AUGCGUGAUCACAAAAAACAGUGGAAGAUCAGUGAUCAUCACUUGACACUUAGAUUUCUUCAGAUGCGUAAACCUCUUGGUGAAAUUGGGAAAAGAAAAUGGUGGGGCAUUCCGAGAAUUGAACUUGGGACCUCUCGCACCUUAUCCGAGNUAUUGUUGCUUAUGCGUAAUCACAAAAAACAGUGGAAGAUCAGUGAUCAUCACUUGACACUUAGAUUUCUUCAGAUGCGUAAACCUCUUGGUGAAAUUGGGAAAAGAAAAUGGUGGGGCAUUCCGAGAAUUGAACUUGGGACCUCUCGCACCUUAUCCGAGAAUCAUGCUAGAAGACCAAAUGCUCAUAUAUUGUGUAGAUUGCUGUACACAGUUCUGCUGUCCUGA